AUGUGGGCGGCGCUGGCGGCGCUGGCGGCGCUGGGGGGGCGCGGGGGGGGCGCGGCCGUGGCCCGGGAGCGCUUCAAGGUGGUCUUCGCCCCCCUGAUCUGCCGGAGGACGUGUCUGAAGGGGCUGUGCCGGGACUCGUGCCAGCCCGGCUCCAACAUGACCCUGAUCGGCGAGAACGGGCACGCGGCCGACACGCUGACCGGCUCCGGCUUCCGCGUGGGUGAGUGGCACCGG